AUGGUGAGCCUUUGGCCAAGAACUCCCCUCUCACCUGAAUGUGCUUAUAUAGGCCAUAAGUUGUGCCACAGAAUUUGUGGGACUGGGUCAAGAGAGAGACAAUGUGCAGCUUCCCACUUGGGUGGCAGAUGUUUAGGAAUGAGCACUUGCCUAUGGGUGUUGUGACACUGGUGUGACUCCUCUCAAUGGGCCCCUCAGUUAGCUGAGCCUCAAGAAAUGCCUAGUGAGAAGGCUGGCUCUUGGCAGCAGCUGUGAUCUGCGGGGCGAAUCCUAAAGUGAGGAUUGGCUCAGUGAUGUAGGUGGGGCACAUCAGAUGUCUUCAGGGUGGUGGAACAGACUAUUCUAAUGCCCCACCUACAUGGCUGAUGGGAAUGACACCAGGCAGAAUGCAGACCUUACCCCAAAAAUAGUAAGAGAGAGUUUUGCACUGGAAAGAACACACUCCUGCCUCUAAUGACAACUGCUAAGAUUCAAAUGUUUGCUGCAACAGUGGACCACCUAUGUAACUUACCACAGAAUAACCCGAAGCUAUGAUCACUCUUGGAAUCCAGUUGAACCAGCUUUCACCAACCUGGUGGUCUCCAGACAUUGUUGGACUACAACUCCCAUCAGCGCUGACGGGAGCUUUAGUCCAACGACAUCUGGAGACCACCAGGUUGAAGACUCUAGGAUAGCAGUCCAUCUUUUCUACCUUACUAUGGUCCUGCUACUGCAGACUAUGGCAGUCUUUCUGGAAGUUCCUUCUGAGCAGUGUCCUGCAAGAUGGCCCUCAGCAGCACCAUAUCAAAGAUGCCUCCUGGGACCCACCCAACAUUGCUGAGGUCCACUCUUUAACCUGCCACACUGGCAUUCUCAGGAAGGUGCCUUAUUCUGAGUCAUUCUGCCAUCUCGUUCAGCACUGUAGACUACAGCUCCCAAGGUUUUCAGACGCAAGGGGUUUAUUUCCUGCCAGACACAAAGAUGCUGCUGAUUGAACCUCAGGCUAUGUGAUGGCCUGUAACUCGGAGCCAGAGGAGUCUCAGUCCACACUGGAUCCUUUGCCUCAGGUGGCAUCUGAACCAAGUCUGGGGCCUGAUUCUGAAGAGCCCCAGUCUGCACAGGUUCCCCUGCAACAAGCACCAGCUGGGCCGAGUCAGGGGCCUGAGCCUGCCCUGGCUCCAGAUGCUGGAAUUACCUCAUUGCCUUCAGCUGGGCAAUCACUUACAGCUGCUCCACUACCAAUUGGGUCGGGAGAGGUUGACCUCUGGGUCUAGUAACCCACCAACAUCUCCCGAGCUGCAGAGGCUGAGGUCUGAGAGAAGGAGAGACCUAAGUACUCACAGGAGGAGUGCUCACCUUUGGGUGAGACAGGGAGGUGAGUCACUGGGGGAUCAGGACCCCGACAGAGAUAAAAGGCUGCUGGACCCCGCCCCAGGUUGAGGGACCUCGUGUCCUGCCUUGGCCCUGUCGGACUGACUCCUCGCGGAACCCUUGGAUUUGGGACCAGACCUGGACCAUGUUACUUGGCUUACCCCCGGGCCUAGCACAGGCUGCCUGCCUGCAAAACAUAUGCUCUACCACUAAGUUUAUGACACUUCCCCUGGGAACACAAGAAGCCACCAUAUACUGAGUCAGGCCAUUGAUCCAUCUAGCUCAAUAUUGCUCACACUGAUUGACAGCUCUCUGGGAUUUCAGGCAGGAAUCUCUCUCCCAUACCUGGAGACACCAGGGAAUGAAUCUGUUACCUUCCUCACGCAUGGAGGUUUUAGCCCCAACUCGAAAUGUAAAGGGAAACUUUCUACCUACCACUUUAGGUUAUUUUUCUAUACAUACAUAAUUUGUGUAUUAUAAAUGCACUGCAACAGGAUGGGCUUAUACAGUGAAAUCUUACUACUUAACAUGAAUAGAAACAAAAGAAAGCAAAAUGAGAAACCCUUUCUCAAAGUCAUAAAAGAUAUCUGAUGUAACCACAGAUGCCCCCGCAGCUAUGUAAGUUGUUCACUAAUGUAACGAUGGCCUGGUAGGCUGACUUUUGAGCAUAUCCUUGCAUAUCCUUGGGAAGGGCUCUCUCGGGCCUCUUUUGCGAGACAGACUCCCUACACAUCUAGAACUUUUAUUCACUCCCUUUUUUCAGGACCUCGCAAGAAAAGCCCGAAGGAACACCUUCGUGCAAAUCAAUUAAAUGAAAUGGGGCGGUGGCCGCGGAAAAGGGCUUCUGCCCUGAUGUUUUUACAUUAGUCAAAGACUGUCCGUAGUCGAGGUCUUGUGUGAGGGAGGACUGACAGCUGUCUUUGCUCGGGACUUGCGCGGUCUGCACUGCAGGGAAGCGGGCUGCUCCGAGCCAGGAUGCCGAACCCCCUUCCUUCCGUGAAGCGCAUCUCCUUUUCAAUUUGCAAGGGACCCGCAGGCCUUUCUGCAGCGGCGCCCCCUCCUGGGCCUGAUAGGCGCCGCGGCUCCUCCGGGCCGCGCGGGGGCAGCAGCGGGCCGGUCCGCGCGGGCCGGUUUGGGCGGCGCUCGUCGCUGGCCAAGGCUUGGCUGGGGGCGCCCCGCCGAGUUGCCAUGUAGCGAGCCGAAGAAACGGCGCGUCCGGGCCGGGCAGAGGCGCGGGCAGCCGGGCCGGGCCAGGCCGCAUCCCCCACCCACCCCCAUGGGCGCGCAGGUAAGGGCCGCGGAGCGCAGGGGGCUCUUCCGGGCUUCUCCCCCUCGGGAAAGGGGGUCCCUGGGGUCGCGGCGUGGGGGGUGUUAGGCGCUCCCCUCUCUCGCUGCGCCCCUCGCCGCCGCCUCGGGGCUCCAGGGAGCCUCGGUUUCCCCGGCUGCCAACCUUUCAGGUCGAUUGAGGCGGGGUAGGAAGCGGCUCGGGGUUGCUUGAGGACGCGGCUCCCCACCCCCACCCUCGAAAGUGGGAGAAAAAAGCCCUGCACCUCCUUCCCCUCCCCCUCCCGCGCCUCGAGAUUUGGCUCUUCUGCUCCCCACGCAGGACCCUCUUCCCUCCUUCGACCCGGCAAGAGACUCCGCCGCCCGGUGGGACACAGCAGGUCUUGAGCGUGCAGCCUGGCUCACUUGCUGAAGCCCUCUGGCUUUGCUCCUGGUCGUGCCUUCCCUCUGGGACCGCCCUUCGCGCCUCUCCCCCCCCCCCCAAUAAUAAUAUUAAUUCAGUUAUGGGCCCCUUCUGAUCUAGGGAUCCCCUCCCAGGGAUCUCUGCGUUUGUUUUUGUUGUUUUCACCCGCCCGAGGCCUCUCGCAGCCUCUUCCAAAAAAGCACGGAUCUGAAAGGCAAAGCCUGUGAAAACCCGUUUCAAAACGUACGCCACACGAAAGAGAAAGGACGUGGAAGGCCAUUUAGGGUUGAGAAACCUCAUUCUCCCUGCCUUGGAAGUGUGGUUUAAUAUCCAGAUACACUCCCAAGUGGCAGUAGGGGGUUGCCUUUGGGGCUCCUCUCUUGGCUCUGCAGGUCCCCAUUUCUGCUCCCCUGAUUCUCACAGCCCACCAGCAAUGCCAAGACACUCAGUCCUGGGCACUUCCUCAGUUGCCUCUCUGCCUUCUGCAUCUGUUCUUUCAUGCUGCUUUGGGUGCCUGGAAAUGCCCUCUGUGCCAGCUUUUGCUGCUGCACCAAGCUUACAUGUGUGCAUGUGGUGAGCACCUUGGACACUAACGGCCUCAUGUGAUCGGUAGGUGCAGAAUGUGGGACAAAGGAUGCUUUCUAGCUAUGGUAAUGGGUUUGCUGGUACAGUGGCCUUGCCAUCUGAUUAUCUACAGAAAAGUAGGCUAAGACAAGAGCCCACCAGUUGCUUUGGCAGGAAAGGUCAUUGCUCAGUGGUUAGAGCAUCUGCUUUGCAUGCAGAAGACCCCAGGUCCAAUCCCUGAUGGUAUAUCUAGGAAGGGCUGCAAAAGGCUCCUUAAUCUCAGCCCUUGAAUAGCAGCUGCCAGUCAGUGUAGACAGUACUGAGCCAGAUGUACCAAUGGUCUUACUCCUUUGUAUAUUCCUAUAAGCGUGCAACCGACAGUGCCAUACCAGGUGUUUUGCACUACAACUUUCAUUAGGCUCAGUGAGCACUGCUGUUGCUGGCAUCUGGAGGGCACCAAGUUGAUGAAGGCUGGUUUAAUGUGUUCUUCAAAGUAUAAUGUUAUAUGUAGCACAAAUUGAGGUAUUUCAUCAGGUUUACUCAUUUUUCAAAAGGAAAAAUAUUUUAAAGUCAGCCAGAUUUUUUUUCCUGCUGCUUAUAUUUUAUUUUGUUUAUUUCACUAUUUGUAGAUUGCCUUUCAGGCUGUUCACAUCAUAUUAAAGGCACAAAAUUAUACAACCCUGAGGUUGUAAAUGUUAAAUUCUAUACACCUAAAAAACUAAAACAGCAGCACCUAAAAAAACAACACAAACAACCAGCAGAAUAAAACUCAACUGGAAGCAGGAGGUUUUUCUUUUUUAAAAAAAUGCCUUGGAACAAAGCAAACAUCACUUUUCUAAACUGAUGUGGACAACCUUAGAGCUCAAUUAUCAAUGUCUUCAUGAUGAAAAAAAGGCUUCUUGGAUUCUAUUUGUGUUGUUUCCUGUGGUUAGUAAAGGGAAGGUGCUAAUAGCCCAACAAAGUGAAGAUGAUGUCAUUUUAAAGGCUCCUUAGAGCAUGAGACAGAAGGGAAGAGCAGCUAAUGGAAGGUUCUCAUAUAUGCACUUAAAUCUCAGUAGGGAAGUUGGAACAGAAUGGUAAAAAGAGAUUUGUACAAUAACAUGCUUGGAAAUCUGUAUUUCUUUGAUAAUAGUUAUCCUAAUAAUGAUAAUAAUUUUUGUGUGGUUGUCACCCCACCAACUGAUUCCUUGCCAUCAAGGGACAAUGAGACAAGGCUGAUUGAUGUCAUGCUGGUUUCAAAUUCAUUUAGCUGGCUUUCUUACUAGCCCUUCUCUGAGGGUCCCUAGAUAACCAUCAGUGGUCAUGUGAUGUUAUGGACAACUCCAUUGUUGGAGGCUCCAAUUCCCAAAGUGGAAGGCUAAGCAUGGUUACAUAUAAAAAGUAGUCUCUCAAGCAAGUGUGGUUGUAUGCAUCAGGGGUGGUCUUGGCCAUGUGAACUACUCUUCGUCAACAGUGUUAGAAACUGGGAUAGAAAACUUAGGAGCCAAAUGGCUCCUGGGUUGUGGGCACUUUUAAUUUAUUAUUUUGAUAAGCAUGAACUAAUAUGCAAUUCUCAUAAGUGACACAUUGUUAAUAUAACAUUUUAGCAGAAAUUGUUAAUAUAUGUUUAAUUUGGGGUUUACAAUAAAAAUAUUCGUACCGUACUUCAGUUUUCAAAAUAUUCUACCCUUUAUUGUUAAACUUCUUAACAUAUUGUCUAUCCUUAACAUAUACUUCAAGGCUUCAAAGCACAUAUAUUUCUGUAAUCCUUGAGUGUCAGCCUGGCACAAAAAAUGGCACCCAGACUUUUUGAGGUGCUUGCAAAUGGGGAAUCUUUAGGUGCAAAAUGCGCCUGGUGCCCUGCUAAUUUUAGACCCUGUUCCUCAACCUGGUGGCCUCUGGGUGUUUUAGAUUACAACUACCAUCAGUCCCAGCCAGCACAGCACAAAGGAUUGUAUUCAACUAAGUCCUACUCAGAGUACACCCAUUAUAAUUGGUGGUCAUGUCCAUUAACUUUGAGGGGCCUACUGUGAGUAAGAGUGGUAGCAAAUAUGACCACAAAUGUCUGAAGGGCACCAGGUUGGAGAAGUUUGAUAUAGACUCAAAGUGGCCAAAGUUUGCCUAGCUGUGCUGUCCACUGGAGUUCUUGGGGAUUCCAGGAAGGAACUGGCAGUGACAUCAUUGUGCAGGAAGGGAUGACACCUGACUGAUGCACAGGAGCUGCCCGGCUGGAUGCCUGCAUGACUCUGCAGAGUUAUUGUGUAGCCAUCAAAGGCUGCAGAACUGGCUUUACUACCAUCUGGGGGACAAACAAGCCUGAGAAGGUGCCUAUGAAGGCAGAAGCCAUAUGGGAGACACCAUCCUGAGUGGCUUCUGGCUGGUCUGGGCCCUUAUGAGGAGCAGACAAGCCAGGAGCUACACCAGGAGUGGGGUCUGCCUAGUCCUAACGUGUGACACCUCUAGCCCCUCACCUUGGCUUCUGUGUGUGGCUUUGGCAGGUCGGACUGCUAUGGAAUAUGACAAGAAGCUGGCUCGUUUCCGGCAGGGCCACCUCAACCCGUUCAACAAGGCCCCGCUGCAAAGCCAGCAUGACCAGAAGACUGGGGAGACUGGAGAGGAGUUUCAGCAGAAAGGUGAGUAAGGCAGCUGAGUUCUUCCCUUGGGUAGGGUUCAUAAGGGCGUAAUAUUGAAGCUUGAAGUUAGAUCCACUUAAGAAGAGGGGGCAUCUGUGUAUGUGCAGAGCGUCUUUUGGGCCAGUGCCAUCUGCUCAGGCUUACAGAUGCUGUCCAAAGUCUCUGGCCUUGUCUGCUCCUGCUUCCUACAAUCCUUUGAAAUGCAGGUACCGAGAAUUGUACCUAAAGCCCUUUGGCAUGUAAAUAUCUGGUACUUUUCAUAUAUAUAGUUCAAGUGAAGCCCUGUAUAACCUCAGAAUCAACACCACAGUCACCAAGACUCCUUUUGGUCUCGUGGGCAUGGAGGAAGACGGGAGACUGUGGCGUUUCAAAUUCAAUGAGUAGGGGGACUUCCGGGGUGGCGCCAUCGGCAAUGGCGGACUCCCUCCGAACUGGAGGGACCAGCUCCGCAUGCAACGGGUCUUUUUCGCUGCGGCGAAGCGGGGACCCUUCUGGAAAUCACAGGCGGAUGAAGCCUGUGACCGUGGGACUCGGCGGGCACCCUUAGCGCCCCCCCAACCCGCAAAGGAACCCACAAACGGGCUCCGAAGCGAAGAGGCGCGGUGCUGUGAGUCAAUCGCUUUUCCUGCGGAGCAAAGCCGCAUAGCUGUUGCCGGAGAGCGCUGCCUUUUUCCUGGGACAAUUUGGCAUCUAAAAUAACCAACCGUGAGUACUGGAACAUUGAAUAUCUGGACUUUAAAUAAGAACUGGUGAAAUAGAAAGGAAUUUGGACUUAAAAAUUCACCCUAAUUUGGUACUGAAACGGAAAGGUUUAAACAGGAAGUCAGCCUUCCGUUUCCCUGUAGCCAGAACAAAGCAAAGACAACGCAAACUAGAGCUUUAAAAAUCACUCUUAAAGGAUUGACUUUCAUCAUUUAAAAUCGCUGAACCCCCCUUCUGUAGCAGAAGAAGGGGGAGCUUUUUCCGAGCUGUUUAAACCUGCAGAAGUGAAUCUAAAGCAAAGUAAUUUUCCACCGUCCUGAUCCUGGAGCGGGGUGUCAGAAUUGACGUUUGAAGCUCACUGACCAGAAACAAAUGUCUUUGACAGAUAGUUAAAAGAAGAGAAACAUAGUGACUCCAUUGCUCCCUUUCGCAUCUUAAAAGAACAAAUAUGGACAAAAUAUCUUAAAAAAGAAACUUUGUUGCUAUUGUUUUUAAGAGAAAGAACAAUCAGAAGUUUUUCCCCUAGAGGGAACUGUGAAAUUGUAACUAAUCCCUGGGAGCUUGCAGCUGUCACUGAUUACAACCGUGGGAAAGGGUUUGUGACCUUGCAGGACAAUGUCUGCAGAAGCACUGUUGGGUGCUUUCUGCAAAAUAAAUGCCUUAUUGGAUCAGUUAAGCCAGAAGACGGAUUUGAUGACUAAUGCGGCCAGAACUUUUGAACAGGUAGUGGGAAACUAUAUGGAGCCCACCCAGGAGCUAAAACAGGAGCGUGCCAUGACAGAACAGCUGAGAGAUGAGGAUUCUGCUGAAUCUUGGGCGCCAGAGACGGAAGGAGCUGCGGCCCAGCAGGAAUAUAAAUUUUUGGAUUUGACAAAUGAACUUGGAAAAGACCAGACUUGGAAAGAUAAAAUUUGGUUUGGUUUGGAAAUGGGGGGUUGGAUAGACCCCCCUAUACAGGGAGAUUUGGACUUUUCGAGUCUGGAAAGGGGCCGUCAGAUGUCUGGAGCAGUGGGGGCUCUCAGCUUUGAAGGGAAUCUGGAACAUGUUUUUAAAUACUACAUCGAGUCUAGUCUGGACUAUGGAAAAGGGACUGUUUUGUUGAAAAGGGUCAAAAACAUUACCAAGCUGGAGUUCCCACGAAUAAAAGGAAAAUAUGAAGAAGAGCUGUGGAAGGGACAUGGAAGAGACUUGAGGGCCUCGGAUAUAAGAUUGCCAGGUUAAUGUGCUAGAUUAAUAGGACAAAAAGGACUGACAAAACCCGGGACCAGGAGGAAGGGAUGAAGAUUGGAUUGCUUAAGUUUCUAUUUUUAUCAUUAGGACUGUUUUACAAAAUUGAUGAAUGUUAGGAAAAUGUUGAAAUGAAAUUAUUUGGCUCUUAUAAAAAUGUCUAAAGAAUUAGGUAAGAAUGUUAUGGUUAGGAGAAGUUGGUAAAAAUUAAGAUUUAAGUUCUAAACUUUUUUAUAUAUAAGAUAAGAUGAAAAUAGAUUAAGGUAAUGUGAGGACAGAAUAUUAUGAAUUAUGGAAAGGAUUUGCUGUGAUUAUUAUAAAUCAGGAUACAGGAAAAGGGAGGAGGAGGAGGUCAAGGAAAGAAGGUAUUGAAAGUGGAGAAUUGGAGAAUGAUGGUUUUACUUUUUCUUUUUCUUUUUUUGUCUUGUUUCUUUUUUUUGUGUAAUUAAAAAAAAAAUUCUCAAUAAAUAUCAUUAAAAAAAAAAAAUUCAGUGAGUAGGAGGGGACAUGGUUCACCCUCCAGAUAACUUCUAUGAAAGCUACUUCCUUCCCUUGGUGGAGAAAUGAGGUGACCCCUUUCUGACAUGGACCUCCUAGCCACAGAAAAAGAGGAGCUGGAGGAAAGGCAGGGGGCAAGAACAGAUUUGGACCUAGGAAGGUAGUUCUGAUCCCUACAUAAGAAGAACCUGCUGAGUCAGGCCAGUGGCUCAUCUAGUCCAGCAUCCUGUUCUCACGGGGCCAACCAGAUGCAAGCAGGAGCUGUGUACAAGAGCAACACACACACACACACACACACACACACACACACACACACAUCCCAGUGGUUUUCAGCAACUGGUAUUCAGAAGCAUUGCUGCCUCUGGCUGUGGAGGCAGAGCAUAGUCACCAUGGCUAGAGACAUGGCUGUGCGUAGCAGCUCCUCAUACAUUCUUUCAAGAAACUGGACACAGAGUUUCCCUUACACAGCUUUGGGUGGCUUCUUAUUGUGGGGAAGGAGACCCAGGCAAGCCGGUGUUUGUGUGUGAGAGGGAGGGAGGGAAUGUUGCAAUUCUCUUCCCUCCUGACACUUUUGCGUCUCUUUGCUCCUUGUAGGCUUGAGGCUGGGCUUGUCCCCCGAGGAGGAGGCUGAGUUCCAGUGUUCAGAGCGCACCAUGGACUUGGGUCUGGCAGAGGAUCACUUCUCGCGCCCAGUGGUGAGGAGGAAGGAGGGAUGCUUCUGCAUUCUGGCCUUGGGCUUGCUGCCCCCCCCCCCAAUUGUACCUAAAGACUUUUACAUAUCUGGAGAAAAGCAGCACUUAAAAUCCCUGGCGCCAAUCCAAAAUCCCCACCCUUAACACCAAACAUUAAGCAGCCAGCCCACCAUUCCCGGCCUUGCAGAGCAGGCCACUUCUCUGGCUCCACCACUGGGGCCACAAGGAUAUGGCCUGCCUAGGCCGCUUGGCUAUGGGGGCGGGCAGUCAAGGUUGUCCCUCUGCCUCUAAACUGACAGUCCCUUGGUGAUCUGCUCUUCCUUUGCAGGGCUUGUUCCUGGCCUCUGAUGUCGAGCAGCUGCGGCAGGCAAUUGAAGAGUGCAAGCAGAGGAUUUUGGAGCUCCCUGAUAACUCGGAGAAGCAAAAAGAUGCCGUAGUGCGGCUCAUCCAUCUGCGGCUCAAACUCCAGGAGUUGAAGGUGCACAGACAGGCUUGUAGAGGGGCAUGUCCUCACCAUAGGAUGGGCUUGAGGGAUAGAGCUCUGGCGUCUUCUUUCUGCCAGAGGAGUGACAAAUCCAAGACUUCUUUCUUGCUUUAGUUCAAGGUGCAAAAUUUGUAGUGGGUGGCAAACUUGCAGGUGCAUCGUAUGAUCAUGAAAGCCAGCAUGCUGGACUGGAUGCAAGAUUGCUGUAGACCUUAGAUGCACCAGCUAAAUCUCUGCUCAGCCAUGUUGCUCAAAAGCCUCAGUAUGAGAUGAGACAAUCCCCCACCCUGCAUCUCUGGGCUUCUAGAUCAGAGGGCAUAGCCCCCAGCAAGGCUGAGCCGCAGCAAAUCUCAACUUAGCCACUACACCAUGCUGACUUUAUGUUUAAGAUCUAGCUGUUUUAAAGAUAUCUUUAUUGCUAUCUACAGGGUGAGCCCAGGGGUGGAACACCUAUGGGGGUCAUCCAGCUGUUGUUGUUGGACUCCAACUCUGAUCAGCCCUAUCAUCUGAUAUGGCCAAAGCGCAAGGGUGGUGGGAGCUGGAGUUCAGCAAUGCUUAAAUGGCCACUGGCUCCCCACCCCACAAUUGCUUUAACUAAUUCUCCUUUUUUGUAGUUGUUUUGCAGCCCUUUGGGCAGUGGGGAAGGGCACAGCAUGGCUUGGACUUCCAGAAGUGGGGAGAGAGAGAGGAUAAAAUCACAAGGCCCUUGUUGGGGGCCAUGAUUGAACAUCCCUAUGUGGCCUGCCUUUCCCUAUUGCAGGAUCCCAGUGAGGAUGAACCCAACAUCCGGGUGAUUCUGGAGCAUCGCUUCUACAAGGAGAAGAGCAAGAGCGUGAAGCAGACCUGUGACAAGUGCAGCACCAUCAUCUGGGGACUCCUCCAGACCUGGUAUACAUGCACAGGUGAGAAGCCACACACCCACAUCCCCUCCCCUGGGGACCAGGAGUAGGAGGCGCUCCAGUCGGAGAUCAAUUGCUGUUCCUCCUUCCAGACCAUGGUGGGGAACCUCUGGCCUAGUGGCAGGGGGCAGGGGUCCUAUGAGGCCAUUUCCCCCAAGCCACACCCAGAUAUAGGGCAGGGGAGGACACGGCUGAAAAGGAUCAAGUGUGUAAGCUGUGGCCCUCCCAGAUAUUGCUAGACUACAGCUCCCAUCAUGCCUGAUCAUUGGCCAUGCUGACCAGGGCUGAUAGGAGUUGGAGUCCAGCAAUACCUGGAAGGCUACCUGCUUUGAGGCUCUGUUGCCAGAAGAAAGUUGUCUGCAUGAAUUGGAUAGAAAUUCAAACACAGAUGCUUGAAAUAAAGUCUUACUCUGGAUGCAGCGUGGCCUGGAUUCUGCAGUGCAAUGAAAAAAUACCUACAACCAGUGUUCUGGCCUCAUCCUUUUAGGAGGGCACAAAUAUUACUCUCCCUCCUCAUUCCUGUUGGCCUCCUCAUUUUUCUGCAGAUCAGGAAGCAAAAGCACUGUGAGUUCUUCCUAGGCUAAGUGGGGAAGAUCCUGUAGGGCCUAAAUCUUAUUCUACCUGCCAUGGGUAUUGUCUCUUUUUAUGCAGUACUGUCUUUUUAUGUCCUGUGGAACUCCCUGGCACACAAGAGUUUUCAAGCCCUCUAUGAAUUAGCUUGAGGUUCUGUUGUGAGGUAUCCCUGGAGAGACCUUUAGAGAGGAGAUAUGGGGGGAGGAGUGCUGCUGUUGGGGCCCUGUGGCUUCCUCAUGCUUUUCUCUUUUUCCUCCCCAGGUUGUUCCUAUCGCUGCCAUAGCAAGUGCCUGAACCUCAUCACCAAGCCAUGUGUCCGCUCCAAGGUCAGCCACCAGGCUGAGUAUGAGCUCAGCAUCUGCCCAGAGACAGGGCUGGACAGCCAGGACUACCGCUGUGCUGAGUGCCGGGUGCCCAUCUCGCUCAGUAAGUGUUAGGGUGGGACUGGCAGGGGAAGGGGGAACCCCUGGCUCACCAGGCUUAAUUUGGCCCAGCUAUGCCCACCUGUCGGACACUUGAUGUCAGGUGUGGGGCAGGUAAAGAUGUGGCUGGGCCAGAGGGGUUUUGUGGGCCAAACAGCUGGCCAGCAGCACCUGCAAAGCCCUCUGCAUGGUAUUUUGGAGCUGCCCACAAGCAGCUGAUUGUUGGGCUUUGCAUAACUCCAUGUGCAUUACUGUGCAAACUCCAAUGAUCAGCUGCUUGGCCAUGCAGGCAAAAAGGGCCACCUGACAUCAUUGUUAUGCUGGAUGAUUGGUGGGUGAGUGGCCUUGCCCACCCUUUCAAACUUUGCCAUGAGAGAGCAGGGGAUAUAAAGGGUCUGGUUUGCUGGCCAGAUCCAGUGCCCCAGCUCUGACCAAACCUUCUGGAGCCUGUAGGGUGCCUUCUCGGCCCUUUCCAUAUGCCCACAUGGACCGAGUCAUGGUCGUGAGUCAUGGUCAGAUACCUGCCACCCCACUUCUGGAACCUCUCCAGGCACUAGCUGUGAGGACUUAAACCAGCCUUGGACUAAAACUCCCAUGAGACUCAGCCAGCUUUGCCGUCUGAUGCUGGGACAGAGGGUAGUUGUUGUCAAACAGUAAACGGUGGUCAAUCUGACCCACGUUUUCCCAUAAUUAUUUUGCUUGUUGCCCUCCCUUCCCUUCUCGCCUAGAAAACUUUUACAGUGAACUGUAAGUCCAUGGUACGACCUGUGCACAUUCAUGCAGGAUUGUUUUUGUUUUUAAAUGAAUGGUGCAAUCUUAUCCUUUUGCUGGUUCAUGCAGGCAUGGCUGAGUCGUUUUGCUCAGAGCUCUGCAGCUUGGACAAGGACUCCAAAAGGGCAGGAUUUAGUGGGCUGGAAGUGCAGCUCAGGAACAGAGUGAAUCCUUUGCAUGUCAGGAGUCCCAGCUGUGAGCCAAGGCACCUCUAGUCAAGGGAUCCCAGCAGCAGAAAGCUUGGAAAGCCCUGUAGCUGUGAGCUGCAUUGCUGCCAGUCAGGGUAGACAGGACUGCUUUUAGUGGCUCUAAACCUUACUGGCCAUUUGUUGGCAGAGUUCUGCCCAGCCUCUUGGGAGUUUUGAAGAUAGUGCUGCUUACCUCGACUGACGUGCCUCUUUCCCUCUGUCCCGCUGCAGGGGGAGUUCCAAGCGAGGCCCGGCAGUGUGACUACACUGGCCUCUAUUACUGUAGCAACUGCCACUGGAACGACCAAGCUGUCAUCCCUGCCAGGGUCAUCCACAACUGGGACUUUGAACCCCGCAAGGUCUGUGCUCAAGUUUCCCAAUACCAAAGGCCUUCUGUUGUCAGAAGUUGUAGCGAGUGGCAUUAGAAGAGGACAGAGCAGGGAUGGGGAACCCCAUUGCUGUUGCCACUGUUGUCCAUCCUUAACUGGUGACUGUGAUUUCCAGGUAUCUCGGUGCAGCAUGCGCUACCUUGCCCUGAUGGUGUCACGGCCGGUACUCAAACUGCGUGAGAUUAACCCUCUUCUGUUCAACUAUGUUGAGGAGCUGGUGGAGAUCCGGGUGAGCAUAGGAGGAGUCUGAGAGGGUACACUUGGCCUGAAACCUCUUCUUGAUGUGUGCAUGGGGAAGUAUUUGGGGUUCGAAUGAGAUGUGUCCUGUACUGAUAUUCUAGCACCCAAAAGAGAGGUUCACAUUACUGGGGAAAGACUGUCUGGCCAAGUGUUUCAAGGGAGUCUUCCUCUCCCUCUCCCUCUGCAGAAGCUGCGCCAGGACAUUCUCCUUAUGAAACCGUACUUCAUCACCUGCAAGGAAGCUAUGGAGGCUCGGCUCUUGCUCCAGGUCAGGAGGAGAGAUGGACCAGCCAGCUGCAGUUUUCUCUUAUGUCCAUUUUAAGCCCAGUAUAGGGGACCACUUACAAAAUGUUGGGCGUUUAUGUGCUUAGCCUCCCUUACACAUAAAACCAGGUGGCUUGAGGAUUUCAUUUGUUUAUAAGCAUAUUUCUAAAUGGCCUGCUCAUUCAAAAAAUAUUUAUCAGUGGUAUAUGAUAAAUCUCAAAAAAAUGGUAAAGCCUUAAAAUACAGAACAAAUGACCAAAACUGAACCACGUUAACUCUAAAAAUGCUUGGGGAGGCUGGGAUGUUUUCAGCAGGCAUUCAAGGGACAACCAUUAAACAGAGGAGCCUUUGAGUUCUUUACUCAUACCCCACUUGCAGUUCCAUGCUUUGUCUUGCCCUCUGCCCCAAAUUGAUCCGGUUGUGGCGGACAAUAAGCAAUCGUGCUCUCCCUUCAGCUGCAGGAUCGGCAACACUUUGUGGAGAACGACGACAUGUACUCGCUGCAAGACCUGAUUGACAUCAAUGCUGGGCGCCUCAGCUGCUCCCUUACUGAGACCCACACGCUCUUUGCCAAACACAUCAAACUGGAUUGUGAGGUGAGGGUUCAGCAAUUGGCAUUCAGAAGUACUGGUAUUGCUUUAUACUGUGCAUUAUUAAACUCUGAAAUUUACUGCUACAGGAUAAUGGCAAUGGCCACCAAUUGAAGUAGUGAUAAAAGGGAAUCGGGCAAAUUCAUGGACAAAGCUAGCAGUGGCCAGUAGCAGGAUGGUCAGGUGCAAAAAGGGUCAUCCCUCAGCAGUUUUAACAUUAUGUAGGACAACAUACAUCUCCUAAAAUGCCCAGUGAAGGAGCCCUGUCCUCUUUCACUUCAAGCCACAUCUAGCUACUAGUCAGGGUGGCUCUAUGCUAUCUCCAGGAUCAGAGGAACCAUGCCUCUGAAGGCAUGUUGCUGAGGAACAAGAGUUAGAGAGUGCUGUGUUGUGCUCCUGACCUGUCUGUGGGCUUCCUUGAGCCAUCUGAUUGGCUUCUAGUAAAAGGGGUGCUAGACUAGUUACACUUUUGGUCUGAUCCAGCAGAGCUGUUCUUAUGUUACUGUGAUUCUUAGCAAUUGACAGGCCCGUUUUCCACCUCUGUGAAUUUGUCUAAACCCUCUUUAAAGCCCUCUAAACUGAUAGCCAUCAUCACCCAUCUUGUGGUAGUGGAGUUCCUUACAGCAUACGCUAUAUGAUGGUGGACCAUAUUUUGUCUGCCCUGAAUCAAUUUCAUCACAUGAUCCCAAGUUCUAAUAUUCUGAGACAUUGUACUGACCUUUGGCAUUACACAAAUACAUUACUGACAGGUAGUCUAUAAGAGGAAGGAAAACUUGUUUCUUUCAUGUAUAAUCUUAUAAUUUUAUUUAUUUAAGAAUAUUUAUAAUUUGCUUAAUCUUAAAGACAAAUCUUUACCCCCACCAUGUCUUCUUCAUUCAAUGCAGCACUUUAUAGUACAUGGCAUUUCCCCAGAAUAUGUUGCUGUUGGGGAAAAUGCAGUCCCCCCUCUGCAAGAUUAGCACACCCAUGUGGUUGUAUUAGUGUUGUAGGCACCCAGUAGCACGCAGGAAACCUCUAUGGUGUCAUUAUGAGCCCAGCAACUCCACCCAACCUCUGUUCACUGGCAGUGGAAGUAGAAGCUAAAACUGACUCACUGGCCUUCCUUUCUCAUUCUUACAGCGGUGCCAAGCAAAGGGUUUUGUGUGUGAGCUCUGCAAAGAGGGGGAUGUGCUCUUUCCCUUUGACAGCCACACCUCCAUGUGCAUGGACUGCUCAGCUGUCUUCCACAGGUGAGCCCCAGAGCUAUGAUCUGGCUUGCGCCAGUGCUAAAUGUGUGGGUUCAAGUCAGGCAGUGAGAGGUAGCUCCUGCCUCUCAUCCAGAUGAACGAAACUGAUGAGCCUUUGUGUCUCCUUUUGCAGGGACUGUUAUUAUGACAACUCCACAACGUGUCCCAAGUGUGCUCGGCUAAAUCUGAGAAAGCAGUCGCUGCUCAGAGACCCCAGUGUGGAGCUGCAGGCUUAG